AUGAUUGGGGCGGCCGGCCGAGACCCCACGGAGGCGCCCGAGGAUCGGCGUUUCCUCAGCACGGAGGAGGCCGCGGCUCUGGAACGGGAGCUGCUGGAGGAUUACCGUUUUGGGCGGCAGCAGCUGGUGGAGUUAUGUGGCCAUGCCAGUGCUGUGGCUGUGACCAAGGUGUUCCCCUUGCCUGCUCUCUCCCGGAAGCAGAAGACGGUGCUGGUGGUGUGCGGCCCCGAGCAGAACGGGGCAGUAGGACUGGUCUGUGCCCGGCACCUGCGGGUGUUUGAGUAUGAACCCACCAUCUUCUACCCCACACGUUCCCUGGACCCGCUGCACCAGGACCUGACCACCCAGUGUGAGAAGAUGGACAUCCCCUUCCUGUCCUAUCUGCCCGCAGAGGUCCAGCUCAUCAACGAUGCCUACGGGCUGGUGGUGGAUGCUGUGCUGGGCCCCGGCGUGGAGCCCCGGGAGGCCGGGGGCCCCUGCACGCGUGCGCUGGCCACCCUCAAGCUGCUAUCCAUCCCCCUCGUGAGCCUGGACAUCCCCUCAGGCUGGGACGCGGAGACCGGCGCGGCCUCGGAGGACAGCCUGCGGCCCGACGUGCUGGUGUCCCUGGGGGCGCCCAAGCGCUGCGCCGGCCGCUUCUCCGGGCGCCACCACUUCGUGGCGGGCAGGUUCGUGCCCGACGACGUGCGCCGCAAGUUCGCGCUGCGCCUGCCCGGCUACGCGGGCACCGACUGCGUGGCCGCGCUGUGA